CUUUCAAGGGUUUAGAAUGGUGGAAGGGUUCUCAAUGGAAGAAAAAUCCUACACAAAGUCGAUGAAUGUUAGGUUUCAGUCUUAUAUAUAUUCUUCUAUUCUUUCCAACGUUAAUUCUCAAUAAAUCUUUCAAUUCCAUUUUGUAUUAUUAUUCGGAUUAAUCCUUUGUUCACUCUUCUUAAAUUCUUCUUCUUCUUUUCCUCUCGCUUUCUUUCACCUUCUUUAUUUCGUUUUUUUUUUUUUUUUUUCUGAUCGAGCCUGAUAUGGAUUUCAUCUAUUCUGGCUUUAAAACACCAACCCUUUAUAAUAAUAAUAAAAAUUAUUACUUCUUCUUUGAUUUCAUCUAUUGAUUGCAAUACCAUUCUGAGUCUUCCGGGGAGAAAUACAAAGAUAUCAUCAUAUUUUUAUCAAGAAAAAUGGAGAAUUCGGUAGGAUUCAUGACGGUUUUCGCUGUGUCAGGAAGCGUGGUUCUUGUUGCUCUACAAGCUCAUAAGCGUCUUCUCUCGGAUUUCAUGAAAAAAGUUGAAUCAGAAUUAGGAACUGCUGCUGGUGUAGGAAAAGUUCAACAAAAGAAGAAAGUCCGUUUUGCGGAUGAUGUAAUCGAGCCAUCAUCCAAUAAUAAAGAAUAUCGAAAGCAGCGAUCUAGAUUGAACAUGGAUCGAUCAAGUUCUUUGUGCAAUAGUCAGUGCCAAAUGAUAAACCCCGAUGAAGAUAAAAUGCCUGAGAAUAGACGUGCUCUGUACGAAGGAAUUGUGCAGUCUAAGAUACUCAAAGGAAAUAUGGUGCCAGCAUUUGUCUAAUGCUUCUCCUAUUAACAACGAUCCAGUGUAAAUAAAAUCAAUCUAUUAAGAAAUGUAGGCGUGUGGAUUUGGGAAUGGGGCUCUUUGGGUUUUGCUUUUUCUUUUUUCUUUUUUUCUUCUAAAGGGCACCUCUUUUUGUUUGGAUUUUGAAAUGCCUUUACGGUGAAGAGUUGUAUGUAUACACAUUAAUUGAAAGUUGAUUUACUUCUAAACGGUUCAAA